AUGCUCCAGUCUUGUCAGAGGACCACGGACGUUUGUCUCGCUCUUGGCAUUCACAUACACACACACACACACAAACAUCUCUGCUCCUCUCUACCUGGUCGGUCACCUGGUCGUCUGGCCUACCCUUUUACCUACCCUCCGGCAGAGGCAACAAGUGUCAGCCUCUCCUCUGUUGCUCCUCGUUGCCGCGUCCAAGUCUCAUCUUCUCUGAGUCUGGCUCUCCAGGCCGAGACUGGCAGAGGGAGCAAACAAACCGGAUCGCGUGUCUCCUCAGACUUGGAUGUCGGGGUGGAUGACUUCAGUCACUUGCCGAAGUUGCCACCAGCUUGGGAUCAGCUUUUCAUUUUGUCUGUAUGUCAGGUUGUCUGCUUCGGAGGGGACGCAAGAAACCUUCGUUUCUCGCCCUCAAGCGGUCACUUUGUCUGUGCCCUCUCUUGCUCCCGCCAAGAGGAUGCAAGCUCGUGGGGCCGACAGAUCUUCAUACACGCGCCUGCCCUGUAUGAUUCAGGGCCCUCCCAACGGGGGGUCAAACAACGGGCCUGUUUUCUCUCUCGUUCUCUCUUUCCCUAUUCGUUGGCGUUUGAUAUGCAUUUUCCCACUGACAUUUCCCCAUUGCCAAUUUCUUACUGGUCGACAGGACCAUCUGUCACGCACAACGUGAUCGCAGAUGGCCCUGCCCUCCCCGUCUUCUAUCCUCCUCUGUACCUCUAA